CAUCUCACAGACAGAGGCUAGAGAAAUCAUGCUUUGAGUGAACAUACAUUAAACUGGAUUCUGGGCUUAUGCAUUGGGCAUGUGUGUGUGUGUGUGUGUGUGUAAUCUAGGGUUGUGUUUUUAUCUUCUAAUGGAGAAUUUGUGAUUUUAAUAAUGACAUAAUUGAGUGUAUAUAUCUUGUAAUGGAAUUGCUGUAAUAUGCUUUCUAGCUGCAGUUUUGUGCACUUGCUUGCAUGAAUCGUACAUAUUCUAUACGACUGCUGGAAAAACAUGUGAUGUGAUUUCUCAGCAGAGCACAGUAGUGUAUUUGUUUAUGUGGAUUUGAUUAACCUGCUGCAUUUGUGUGGUUAAAAUCGCUGUAAAUGCUGACAUUGUGUAAGUGAACAAGUUGGCCGACGUUUGAUUGAGAAAGAGAGAGAAAUAAGGCGUGUGUGUGUGGAAUGAGGGCGUUGUCUGGUUCUGACAUCUUUAUUUUAGUAGUUCAAAUGUCUGUAAUGAGGAUAAUGAAGUUAGAAAGAUGCAGCUGAUCUCCUACUGACAGUCAAGUUUAUAUGUUUCAAUGCAGGGAGUGUAAAACCAAACCGGACAAUUAUUAUUUUCUCGUUUAAACAUUAUGAAACAUAAUGACACAUCUCCACUGAAAUAAAUUGAGAGGAAAUAUUACAUUUUUGCACGAAUGGAAAACUAUUAGGAGCUGUCUGGAAAGAUGAAAACUGACAAAUGCAUUGACUUUGACUUUCAGUAAACUCAGAGUUUUAGCCUACAUAGUCUAGGUUUGCAUGUCAGGGCUAACUGUGCUAAUGUGUGUGAAUGGAAAGUGAACCUGUGACCUCCUCUCUACCAGUAAACCUCAAACACUGCCUCAAUUGUUGGAGCAGGUGCCUGUAGCCAUAUUGAGAAAGAGAAAAAGUGAAGUGUCUGAAACAUCAGAAUAGUCACAACAAUCCCAAACUUGAGCCUCGAUUGAUUAGAUUCUUAUCUCAUUCCUCUCCCAUGUGUAUGGCGGGCAUUGAUAAUUUUCAGCAUGUCCUCUUCACACAUGCACAGGGCCCGCCAUUGUCAAGGUUGGCCUUGGUGACUGAAGCACCAUUACCUCUCAAAUCUAAUCAGAUUCCCUUAAGUGGAUAACAAGCGUGUCUCCGGCAUUUACAGUAGUGAGAAAGCUGAAGUGAAACCAGGACAAUCUGCUGUCACACAAAGCAGAUGUGGUGUGUCGCAGUCUUGGCAUCCCUCUUGCUAUCCGUGGUGGAAAAAAAAUGUUGAUUGGCUAACAACUGGCAUCUUGUUUGGCCUGGAGGAGUCAGAUAAGAGCUCUUAGUCACUACUGACAAGUUGAGUAUUGUGAUGAGCCUGUUCUUAUUUAGGUGGACGAGUGGUGAAUGAGGGCAGCUAGUCUAGCUGACGAGGGGAAUUUAAUGCUGAGUUUUAGUAGGAAGCCUGCAGUUGCCUCGGCUAAAAGGUUUAGCAGUGUUUAAGUUGUGCUAGUUGACUUUUGACCCAGAAUAACUUUCAUUGCUGUUAGAAGUCUGAAACCAGAGAAUUACCUAUCCCAUCAAUUCUUGCUGAGUCAAUAUGUGUGUAUGAAAUUGCAAGCUAAUGCUGGUGGCUAACGUUAGCUAAUUUGAGCUAACUUUAGGUAAAUACAGUUGCAUAAUAAGCAUUAGUGAGUGAGUUAGCUGGCUUUAUGACUGUUACUAGUAGCUGUAGUGGCCACCAUUCAGCAAAAAUACAGUGUUGCUGAACGCUUUCAUCAUCUGUGAUUUUACUUGAUAAAUGACACCUUAUGUGACGCCAUGAUCAUGGGAGCAGAUACGGUUAAGAUAAUGGGAAAAAAAAAAAUUCUUCUUUAAUAUCACAUUUCCCUCAGUUAAGUAAUAGCACAGUCUUCUGAAUCUGCUGCUACACCCGCAUUGUUGCUUAUCUGAAUGUCUUCUACUUCCAACUGAUUAGCUGAGGUUAGUCAUGGAAAAAGUAUCCAUUUAGUGAUAACAAAAAGUUCAGACGAGUCCAUAGAGCACGCUGUUUUGACCAGUGAAUAGCAUACUUUUGAGAAGAAGUUAUAAAAGUCUGGGCAAUAGACACAGACAAGAUGACCAUCAACAACUGACAAGACUAACAUUAUAAAAUCACUGCUAACAAUACAUGUAUUAUUAUGAUGAAUAAGUACUCCCAAAAAUACUUCACAGGCCAUAAACCAAUAAAGUAAGAUGUAACACUGAGCUUCUUUGUGAGAUCCAGACCAGUAAGUAAAUUAGACAUUUUUAGGUGAGAUGUUCCCUCUGAAAAUAGCCUUAAACUUACUGUAAAAAAGACCUCAAAAUAGUUUUAUUGCAGUUAUUGUUUAGGAAAGUGAUGAUACUGAACUGUCUACAUUGAAACCAGUGAAUGAAUGAAAAGGCUUGGUUAAAAAUGGCAUUAGAGGAGUUAUUUAAAACCCCCAAUGGGGAACAAGGGUCAAUUGUGCUGCCACAACCCCUGGAGCAGGCAGCAGAGGACUUUAGGAGCUGACCUCUGAUUGGCCAUUGAGACAGAAAAGGGCGGUACCGAUGAAUUAGUGAUAGACGCUAAAGGCAGAUAUCCUGCAGUGAUCAAACCCUGGGUGAUCUGACAGUGCAGUGUUUGAAGUGAUUAUCAUGCUACGCAACAUAAAGGCUUACCCCCAGCUUUGGGCCUAAUUAGUUCACGUAGGGCCCUUAUAAGACUUCGGUAGGGGACUGGAAGGGACAGACACUCAUUGAGAAGUCAGCAGAUCAACAGGAUAGCAGCAGCAGACCUGGAGCCUUUAAGUUGACCUGCUGCUCCACCAAAACAAACCAAACUGAAGAUUAUCUGCUUUUCUGAGAAUGCCACACUUAACUGACUGCAGCUACUACACGAUGCGGGACGCAACCAGAGCUUCAAAUGUACAGAGCCACCUGGAGAACUCCAAGUUCCACCUCCACCAGAGCCAGAAUCAGCAGGUCAAGCAGUACCUGACGCUGGGCUCCAAGCUGGCCUCGUCGGCCGGGCAGGGCCACGCCGUGCCGCAUCCGCAUGCCCCCGGCCAGCCGCUGGCCACCGUGCCGAUCAUGAGGAAUGGACACAUGCCCUCCGUCAGCGACAGCAGCAACCCCAACAGCCCUGUUACCCUGCUCACCAUGGCCAAUCACGACAGCGAGUUUCCAAUGGAUGAAGUUAUUGAUGACCUAAUUAGUCUUGAAUCCGGUUUCAAUGAUGGAGGCUUGGAUUGCAUGGAGCCUAACAUCAUAAUGCAAAACAAUGUGUCCCUCAGUAGCAGCAUGCUGGACGUCUAUGGGGGUGAACAAGGUAUGAACGCCCCUAAUGGUGGAAUGAGUCCCACAUCUAACCCCACAAAGCUCACUGUAAAAAGGGAAUACACAGAACACGACACCAGGGUGAUGGCCAAAGAGAGGCAGAAGAAAGACAACCAUAAUUUGAUUGAAAGAAGGCGAAGAUACAACAUCAACUACAGGAUUAAGGAGCUGGGGACACUCAUACCAAAGUCAAAUGACCCAGACAUGCGCUGGAACAAAGGCACUAUUCUGAAGGCCUCGGUGGAGUACAUAAGGUGGCUGCAGAAGGAGCAGCAGCACGCUCGCGAGCUGGAGAGCAGGCAGAAGAAGCUGGAGCAGGCGAACAGGAGGCUGCUGCUGAGGAUCCAGGAACUUGAGAUCCAGGCAAGAGCACAUGGCCUCCCAAACAUGGCUACAGCCUUGGGGACAGUUGAGCUUUCGCCCCACCUCCUCAAACAACAACAACAGCAGCAGCAGCAACAACAACAACAGCAGCAGCAGCAGUCGUCUCCCCAGGCCCAGCAGCCCCAGCAGCCGCCCCUCUACCAGGAGGACCCCAACAGUGACUACCUCCAGAGGAUAGCAGUGGUGGCUGGGGUACCGUCCCUCCCCACUGCUGGCGGGCAGCAGGAACACAUCGCCGGCGCUGAUGGCUGCACCACGUUCUCCGACCCGCUGUCCCACUUCACGGACUUCUUCAGCGCCACGCUCAAGGAGGAGCACCGGCUGGACGAGAUCCUAAUGGACGACCCGCUCUCGCCGUUCGGCACCGACCCUCUCCUGUCGGCUGGCUCGCCCGGAGCCGCGUCCAAGGACAGCAGCCGCAGGAGCAGCUUCAGCUCUGCCGAGGGUGACGACCUAUAAUGGGGCCCCCCUCCUCAUAAUAUCGUCUUCUCAUGACAACACAGUCGUAAUCCUGAGUGGUAAAGGGCAUACACAGAGCCUUUAAAAGACUGACGGCUCUGGGCAUACAACAAUGACCACUCACAGGGUCGCAAGUAAUUUAAAUGACAGCUGACACAUCUGACAGAUUCCCUCAAAGUGCCACUUGUGUAUAUACAGUGUGUAGUUCUUGCUGAAUGAGUGGGUGUUAGAACUUGAUUGGGCCAAAAGCUUGCAAGCUCAGCAGGACCAAACACAUCCUGAGGACCUUUCUCCUGCACCACCUGCUCUUUUUAACCUUACUACAGACAAUGAAUAUGUUUCUCUGCCUCCCAGACAGAGCAGAAACAGACUCAUAAGAAAAAGGGAGACAUUUAUCAGCCUUUAUGUACAUAAUGUAAAUCACCAAGUCUGCUGUUUUUUUUUCUUUUUUUUGUUUGGAAAACACUGUGGUAGCUGUGCACUGUAACAUGCAAAAUACUCACUGAGAACCUGUCAAAACUGUCCGUUCUGAAUGAAAAUAUGACUACUUUACAAAAGAAUUUUAAACAGUUGCCGUCAGGAUUGUGAUUGUGUGAUGUGCCUUAUUCAAACUCCCCGUUUUGUCUUAAAAAAAUGUAAAUGAUGUACUCACCGCAAUGCCUAACAUGUCUUCAGUCUUGUCUGUCUUUUAAAUGUUUUUGUUAAAUAAGUGUUUAUGUAUUUAAAUAUAUUUUAAUCCAUGUAUUCAUAAAAUGAUACAUAUUAUCUAACGUUACCUUUUUUAUUCUUAGUAGGGGUGGGAAAAAUAUAAUAAACCCCUUUUUUUGAUACAA